AUGUUCAGCUGCUGCGUUUCGAAGGACGACCAGCAGGAAUUCCUGGCGCCCAACACGGCGCCCUCAGCAGCCGACCGAGUUAGUGCUGAGGAUGCCGGCGCAAAGAUCUUCACGUUUACCGUCCAGAAGUCAGGCGAUAAGGACAUGCUGGGCAUGGACGUGAAACACAAGAAGGGCAUGUGGCUCGUGGUUGCGAAGAUCGACGAGGGGGCGGUGGCCCGAGCGAAUGCAUCCGGCUUGAAUGGUGAGACACUACAGAUCUCUGAUGUCAUUUACGAAAUCAACGGCGUAAAGGGUGACGAUGCUUUGAUGGUUGCGGAGUGCAAGAAGUCUUCGAAGUUGGAAAUGAAGGUCAAGCGCAUGUCUACUCCGAUGUGA